UCUGUACUUACGUAUAUAAACGUACGUUCACCCUCAACGGUCAACACAGUCCUUUCUCAGGAGGUGCACUGCAAACACCAUGAAAUCAGCUUUCGUUCUUUUGGCUUGCCUGUUCGGCUAUGCUGCCUCCAGCGCUGUUGGAUUGGUAGGAGUUGUCAACCCUCACUCCCUUCCCGUCCCCGCUGACACCCUUCAUGUCGCCCUCGCCAAGCAGGCCCAGCUUGUCCAACAACACAGUGAAGGAACCAGGAAUGUCCUCGGAGGUGGUGUCCCACUCCACCUUCCCGCUGACACCCACGAAGUCGCCGUCAGCAAACAGGCUCACGCCGUCGCUCACGCCAGGCAAAACGCUUUGACUCACGCUCAUGCUUACACCAACGGUCUUCACGGAGUUGCUGCUGUCGCUCCCGUCGCUCACGUCGCUGCUGUCGCUCCCGUUGCUGCUGUCGCCCCCGUCGCUCCCCUCGGUUUGGCUGGAGUCGGAGUUCACGGUGUCCACGGAUACGGAGCCCAUGGUCUUGUUGGACACAGUCUUGUCGGACACGGUCUUGUAGGACACGGUCUCGUCGGACAUCACUUGUACAAGAGGUCCGUCUGGGGAGUCAACCCUCACUCCCUCCCUGUCCCACUCGACACCCCCUACGUCGCUCACGCCAAGCACGCCCAGCUCGUCCAACAGCACACCGAAGGAACCAGGAACGUCCUCGGAGGCGGUGUCCCACUCCACCUUCCCGCUGACACCCACGAAGUCGCCGUCAGCAAACAGGCUCACGCCGUCGCUCACGCCAGGCAAAACGCUUUGACCCACGCUCACGCUUACACCAACGGUCUUCACGGAGUUGCUGCUGUCGCUCCCGUCGCUCACGUCGCUGCUGUCGCUCCCGUUGCUGCUGUCGCCCCCGUCGCUCCCCUCGGUUUGGCUGGAGUCGGAGUUCACGGUGUCCACGGAUACGGAGCCCAUGGUCUUGUUGGACACAGUCUUGUCGGACACGGUCUUGUAGGACACGGUCUCGUCGGACAUCACUUGUACAAGAGGUCCGUCUGGGGAGUCAACCCUCACUCCCUCCCUGUCCCACUCGACACCCCCUACGUCGCUCACGCCAAGCACGCCCAGCUCGUCCAACAGCACACCGAAGGAACCAGGAACGUCCUCGGAGGCGGUGUCCCACUCCACCUUCCCGCUGACACCCACGAAGUCGCCGUCGGCAAACAAGCUCACGCCGUCGCUCACGCCAGACAAAACGCUUUGACCCACGCUCACGCUUACGCCAACGGUCUUCACGGAGUUGCUGCUGUCGCUCCCGUCGCCCACGUCGCUGCUGUCGCCCCCGUCGCCGCCGUCGCUCCCCUCGGUUUGGCCGGAGUCGGAGUUCACGGUCUCGGAGUUCACGAAUACGGAGUCCAUGGUUAUGGAGUUCAUGGUGUUCACGGUCUUUUCGACAAGGAGGUUUUCAGUUGGUUGUUUUAUUACAUUUUAUCACGCUUAGAAAAGACCGUGAACACCGUGGACUCCGUAACCAUGGACUCCGUAUCCAUGGACUCCGAGACCGUGAACUCCGAGACCGUGAACUCCGAGACCGUGUACACCGUGGACUCCGUGAACUCCGACUCCGGCCAAGCCGAGGGGAGCGACGGCGGCGACGGGAGCGACAGCAGCAACUCCGUGAAGACCGUUGGCGUAAGCAUGAGCGUGAGUCAAAGCGUUUUGCCUGGCGUGAGCGACGGCGUGAGCCUGUUUGCCGACGGCGACUUCGUGGGUGUCAGCGGGAAGGUGGAGUGGGACACCGCCUCCGAGGACGUUCCUGGUUCCUUCGGUGUGCUGUUGGACGAGCUGGGCGUGCUUGGCGUGAGCGACGUAGGGAGUGUCGAGUGGGACAGGGAGGGAGUAAGGGUUGACUCCCCAGACGGACCUCUUGUACAAGUGGUGUCCGACGAGACCGUGUCCGACGAGUCCGUGUCCGACGAGACCGUGUCCGACGAGUCCGUGUCCUACAAGUCCAUGUCCGACGAGACCGUGAGCGACGACUCCAUAGUUCUUGUGGUUUGCUUGUUCGGCUAUGCUGCCGCCGGCGCCGUCCAUGGCUUGGGAUUGGUCGGUCUUGCCAACGUCCACGACGAUGGACAAUGGAAGCCCCAUUUGGACGGUUCCGUCCUCGGAUCUGGAAACCUCCAUUGGCUCGGUGCUGAUCUCGACGAUGGACAGUGGAAACCUCAUUUGGACAACUCUUUCGCUGGACAGUCCGGACACGGUCUCCUCGCUCACGGUCUCGUCGGACAUGGACUUGGAGUCAACCCUUACUCCCUCCCUGUCCCACUCGACACCCCCUACGUCGCUCACGCCAAGCACGCCCAGCUCGUCCAACAACACACCGAAGGAACCAGGAACGUCCUCGGAGGCGGUGUCCCACUCCACCUUCCCGCUGACACCCACGAAGUGGCCGUCGGCAAACAGGCUCACGCCGUCGCUCACGCCAGGCAAAACGCUUUGACCCACUCUCACGCUUACGCCAACGGUCUUCACGGAGUUGCUGCUGUCGCUCCCGUCGCCCACGUCGCCGCCGUCGCUCCCCUCGGUUUGGCCGGAGUCGGAGUCCACGGAGUCCACGGUGUACACGGUCUCGGAGUUCACGGUCUCGGAGUCCACGGAUACGGAGUCCAUGGUUACGGAGUCCACGGUGUCCACGGACUUUGGUAAUAAGCCUGGCCAGUCGAACAAGUUACCAAAAAUCUUAAAUCUCAUUACUUUAAGGAAAAAUAAAGUACUAAUUUAAGAAAAUUCAA